AUGAAUGCGAGCAAUCAAACAGCGGUGGCUCCAGGCUCCCCGAUCCACGUUCCCGAGCUCGAAGCCUGCCUCCGCAGGGAAGCGGAGGAGCCAGCCUUCACCACGCCCAGUAUUGCGCGCUGGGCCCCCGCAGCGCUGCGCUCCGCCCCGCCCCGCGUCCAUCUCGCCCUCCCCGCCCGCCCUCCGCAGGUUCUCCGGCUGGUCUCGUUGCCCGCCCCCUUCCUGGCUCGGGGGCUCCUGGACCCUAUUUGGUCAUCCAGAGGGAGCACCGAGCGAGCGAGCCAGGCAGCUAUCGCGGAGCCGGCGCAGCGCGCAGGAGAGGCGGAAAGGUCCACGUUGCGGGCUCUGCUCAGCGCCUGGGGAGCGAGGACUGGCGUUGGCCGCAGCCUCCACGCAGAUCCCGCGCCACUCUCUGUUCCCCUCACGACCGGCCGGCUGGCCUGCCUCGGAACAAUGAGACUCUCCGCCGUAGCGACUUCGGCUCCCUUGCUCGUGGCUGCGCUGCAGGUGCUGUUCCUUUUGGAAGCUGCUCAUAGCCAAGACCUGACAAAUGCUACAAAAGAACCUUCAAAAAAUGUGACCAGUGUUACAGUCCUCCAACAAAACCUGACGUCUCCCACCGUCCAUCCUGCGUCCUCUUCACUGUCCCCAAAUUCUUCCAGUAAGACAACGGGCUCUACCCCUAAAGCUACCGAGCCAUCUCGGGUCACCCAUUCCUCCACGUCUGGGACGAACAGCAGCCUGAAGCCUCCGGCCACGACCAAGAGCGUCCCUCAGAGCGCAGCAACCCACAGCGUGCCCAAGUCACCCACCGCCGCCAGCAACAGCUCCGUGGCGACCACGGCUGCCCUGGCCACAGCCACAGCCAACAUCAAUGCCAAAAUGAGCAAAGGAUCAAAAUUUGAUAUCGGGAGCUUUGUUGGUGGCAUUGUACUCACUCUGGGAGUUUUAUCUAUCCUCUACAUUGGAUGCAAAACGUAUUAUUCAAGAGGCAUUCGAUACAGAACCAUUGAUGAACACGAUGCUAUCAUUUAAAGAAAAUCAUCCGAGAACCAAAGCAAAGGAAGAUGGUGCAACCCUCAUCGUUCAUUUUGGAAAAUGGUUUCCCUCUUGAAAAACAUAAAACAGAUAAUUCCCACCAAGUAAAAUAUAGUCUAUGAAUGUGGUUACUCAAUGUAAAAAAAAGAGUUGUUUGCAUUUGUUCUUGUUUUGUUUUGCUUUGUUUUUUUUUCCAUGAAAAGACUCGACCGUUUCAAGAUCACAAAUUAAUACAAAGCUUGUGUACUCUUUUUCCACAUAUACACUUAAAAAUAAAUUAGUUUCGACACAGUAAAAGCCAUUCACGGCGGUGUGAAAUUGGCCCCAAAGAGUCAGCAAUUGGAAGGCAGCCACCCAAAAGGCAGAGAUAUCAUCUGGGCACCCGUCCACGAGGGCUGGGGGACGGACCACCACUGCCUCGGUGGAUCCACACUCUCCCUCGGGACACGAGCACGUAACUUCCAGCUGCUGGUACGCCCCGAGAAGUGCCAGCCUUCAGCCUGCCGGAAACUCCUCUGCCUGCUCACGGAGAUUGGGGGUGCUGAUUAUAAUCAGUCUUAAAAUGGGGCCCUCAUUUCUUCAAGCACACACAAUAUUAUUCAGGGUAGUUUAUUAAAAUCCCCUUCCAAGCCUUCCCCAAAAACUUUUAAGAGUACCCCCAAAUUUUUGCUUUUAGAGAGUUUUACCUAGCUGUGUUCCAUGAAGGAUGUCAGCUGGGAAGUUUAGAUUUUUAUUUUUUAAGUACUUUUUUCACUUGAGCUUUUUUUUUUUUUUUUAAUGGUAGUUGGCGGGCAGCUUUAUUUUUUACUUUUCCUUGCCAUGCUUUCAGCGCAUUAUGUUUUAACGUGUGAUUACAGACUCUUACGAACAAACAAAUCAGAUUGGCAGGACAGGAAAGCGCUUAUGCUGUAGUUUUUGGUUUUUGUUUUUGUUUUGUUUAUUACUGUGAACAUCUAGAUUGCCACUGGAAAUUGCUUCUGAUUCAGCUACAUUCAGAAAUGUCUAAGGAAGGCUCUCCCCUCCUCGUUUACAACAAAAAAUUUUACUUAUUUUGUGAUUCUUGGCCUCUGUUAGGACAGUUAUAUAGAGUAGAAAUCCUGAAAGUGACAUUCCUGGGACAGCAAAAAAAAAAAAAAAAAAAAAAAAGUAUUGUUCAGUCAUUCGCUGCCCAGGGUUAUUCUCAGUGUUUGACCCAGUGUAUUGCCCGGCAUUGUGAAGCCCAGGGCGAGUGAUGAGUGGCAACCAAAGUAAACCAUCCUAAAAUCUAUUUAAGGUGCCAAGAAGACUUCAUUCGAUGCCCUUUGCAUUCAUGAGACCAGAAGGAAUGUUUUUCUAACCAGUUCUUGCUUGGAACAAAUCCUCGGCAUCCAGUGGGACAUUAAAUGGUGGUUGCACGCAGCGGCCGAGGGGUGUAAUCGGUGUCGGGCCAGGAGCCGCCGUUUAGUAGGAAAGGUUUUACGGGGUCCCCGUGUGCAUACGUAGACGAAGGAUAUGGCCAGACUGGGCCAAACAGGAGCCUCUAGUUACAUCCUUCUGGCGUCUCUAACCUCACGAAGGUCGCUCCACCACUCGAUGCUUUUGUUUCUUCCUCCGUAAAAAUAAAUGUAGGAAGACCUGCCUUCUUCCUAGGUCGGGUGUGGGAAUUGGUGGUGUUUUCUCGGUCUGUUCCACGCCGCCUGUGAGACUGCAGUUGGAAGUCUACGGGAACUUGUGUGGAGUUUUUCUAAAAUACUUGUGUCGCACUUUGAAGAUGACUAGCUCCUGAAAUUCUGAAUAUCAUUUGCUUUAAAAAUGUUCUCCUUUGUCUUCUGCUUCUGAACAAUUGAUAUUGCUUUUCUCCUGUUUUUUUUAACAUGCCAAUAUAAUUUGUUAAUAUGAAAAUAUUUUGCAAAUUUGCAAAAGCCAACUCUAUUAUCUGUUCUCUUUAAUCCCUUUUCCCUACCCCAAAAAAAUUAAGGCAACUAAUACAGAUAAUCAUAAGUAAUUUUUAUUUGACUUUGUAUUACAUUCUGGUAUUUUUGAUUGUGUAUUUAUUUUCUUAAUUAUGUUGACUUAGGCAGAUAUUAAAAAUUAGUUUGCAUUUGGCUGACUUGACAACAGAUGAGGAUAGUCCAGGUGCACAGCUGGGUGAUGAGCAAAAACUAGCCCAAGCUCAAAAAUUUUCCAUAAAUAAUACAGAGAAGAAAUAAGUCAAAUAUGGAUGAUUGAGAGUUGGCAGCAUAUUAAAGCAAUUUAAGUUUUUUUUUUUCAGAAAUAUUUUUAAAGUAAAUUCCUGUUUCCUUUUUGUUUUUCCUUUUCUUUUGUUAUAGUAACCAGCAUUUGGGUAUAUUGUUGUUAUUGCUGAGGUCUAUUUUUAGAUAAGUAAUAAAAUGAAAAUUUGCACUUCAAAAACAAAAAA